CCAGUCUCGCGUGAUGAGACUUGUGGCUUUGGGAUUGUAAGGGAAAGAGCUUGCAGGCAUUCUAUCAAUAACCCUCCCUUCCAAAGUCGGUAGGUUACUGACAGCAGGGGACCAGAUAAUCUAAACUAAGGCUUCCGGCUGGAAAAUAGUCUGUCUGUAGCUGGGGCCGCCGGCCCUGGCUUCUUUCCUAUACAGACGCUGCAGCCACUGAGAGAGGAGUGGGCGUGAGACGUGGGCGGCGCCUUUGAUGACGUCAUUUCCCCGCCCACGUCAGUCACGCUGGGGUCCUUCUCAGUGCUGCUCCCGGCCAGCCCUGCUUUCCUGACUAGCAGCUCAGUUGAAGGAAGAUUCGCUGCUUCUGUGACAUGCUGGAAUCUUUUUUUAAGAAGUUGAACCAACGUUUCCUUCUCUGUCAGGGAUAAGUAAAGCAUACAAUUUCAUCCAUACGCUCCAGUUUUCUUUUGGGCAAAAAGGAAGAUCACAAUGUCCUUGCACCAGUUUUUACUUGAACCCAUUAGCUGCCAUGCCUGGAAUAAGGAUCUAACACAGAUUGCAAUUAGCCCAAAUAACCACGAAGUUCAUAUCUACAAGAAGAGUGGAAAUCAGUGGGUAAAAGGGCACGAGUUAAAGGAACACAACGGACACAUCACUGGCAUUGACUGGGCUCCUAAAAGCGAUCGUAUAGUAACAUGUGGUGCUGACCGUAAUGCAUAUGUUUGGAGCCAAAAGGAUGGUGUAUGGAAGCCAACAUUGGUGAUUCUACGCAUUAACCGUGCAGCUACCUUUGUAAAGUGGUCUCCGCUAGAAAAUAAGUUUGCAGUGGGAAGCGGAGCAAGACUCAUAUCUGUGUGCUACUUUGAAUCUGAAAAUGACUGGUGGGUAAGCAAACACAUCAAGAAGCCUAUCCGUUCAACUGUGCUGAGCCUGGACUGGCAUCCCAACAAUGUGUUACUGGCAGCUGGAUCCUGUGACUUCAAGACAAGAGUGUUCUCUGCAUAUAUUAAGGAAGUGGAUGAAAAGCCUGCAAGCACUCCAUGGGGAUCCAAAAUGCCUUUCGGUCAAAUGAUGUCAGAGUUUGGAGGAGUUAGCAGCGGAGGCUGGGUUCACAGUGUCAGUUUCUCAGCUAGUGGCAACAAACUUGCAUGGGUCAGUCAUGACAGUACUGUGUCAGUAGCUGAUGCUUCUAAAAACAUGAGUGUUUCCCAACUGAAGACGGAGUUUCUUCCUUUAUUAAGCGUCAUCUUUGUAUCUGAAAACAGCUUGGUAGCUGCAGGCCAUGAUUGCUGUCCAAUGCUUUUCACCUAUGAUGAGCAUGGUUCCUUGACAUUUGUUUCCAAACUGGAUAUUCCGAAACAGAGCACUCAGCGUAAUAUCUCUGCCAUGGAGCGAUUUCGCAACAUGGACAAGAGAGCUACCGCAGAAGACCGGAAUACCACACUGGAGACCCUUCAUCAGAACAGCAUCACCCAAGUGUCUAUCUAUGAUGGUGACAAAACUGACUGUCGCAAGUUCUGUACUACAGGAAUUGAUGGAGCAAUGACUAUCUGGGAUUUUAAGACCCUGGAGUCAUGUGUUCAAGGUCUCCGGAUUAUUUGAUAAGUAAAAUUGCCUUUCCUAGCAGGACAAAAGACCUCGUGGGACCCAAUGCACUGAUCAAACAUAACAACCAGCUGCCAACAGAAAUCCUUCAAUGUCCAGCUGGCCCCAUGAGCAUUGGAAGAAACUCAGUAAUAUUGAUAUGGCUACGUAAAGAUGGAGGCUGUAUGACAUUAUGUUUGGAACUGUUUAUAUUGUUUUCAGCUCCAAAUACAACUGGGAUGUUUGGGUUUCUGACUAAAAUACGUGGUGGUUAAUCUGUGGUGAAAAUCAGUGAAAUUAGUUGCACUUUUUUGUUUUUAAUUUUUUCUUCAUUUAAUUGCAUAAUUUAUCAACGCUCGUCUUAGUAGAUUCUGUGGGGUGCACCUGUUACUAAGUUAAAAGGUGAAUUUUAUGUAAAUUGUCUGCUAGGAAAUAAAAAAGCAAAACAUUCUAAUG